UUACGCACGUGAAAUUUUCGAUGUUCCUUGUCUAAUGCCGAAUAUGUGAUGCUUUUAUUUUCUUUAAUUUUUUCACCGUGUAAAGAAAUCGAAACUAGCUUCGUUGUCUGUAUCAACUUCUUGUAUUGCAUUUUAGAUGCAAUAUAUUCCAUUAAAAACAGAAAAUGACGAUAUUUUUGAAGUUGAUACCAAACCUAGAAUUAAAAAGGGUCAUCCAGGCAAAAGAUACUUUGUUGUUGUUGUCUUAUUGGGAAUUCUCUUCUUAGGAUAUAUAGCAAUAGCAUAUGAUUUGAAACCAGUACACCUCGGUAGCAAGGCAAUUGAUACAUUGGCUUUUUCCUUUAAUCUACAAAAGCCAUUUUAUGUUGUAGUAAUUGAUGCAGGCUCUACUGGCAGUCGUGCUUUAGCAUUUAGUUUCCAUGAAUCAAUCCUUGGUGGCAAUUUGGUUUUGGAUGAUGAGCUUUAUACAGACAUAAAACCGGGUGUUAGUGCUUAUGCUGAAAGACCUAAGGAUGCAGCAAAAUCUUUGACUGUGUUGUUAGAUAAAGUCAAAGGAGUCAUACCACAGGUAGAAUGGCAACAUACACCUCUCAGCAUGAAAGCUACAGCUGGUUUGAGACUUCUUCCUGGACAUAAGGCUCAAGAAAUACUCCAAGAAUGCCGGAAGAUGUUUGAAGAUAGUGGUUUUCAAAUUUCCAAAAAUUCGAUUUCUAUAAUGGAUGGGACAGAUGAAGGUAUAUUUUCAUGGUUCACUGUAAAUUUCCUAUUGGAACGUUUCGCUACGCACAAUCCUGGUAAUACAGUUGCCGCAUUAGAUCUUGGUGGAGGUUCUACACAAGUGACUUUUUCACCUGAUUCCACACAGGAGAAAAAACUGGAUGGUCAUGUAUAUUCUGUUAAUAUCUUCAACCACAAUAUGAGUGUUUAUACACAUAGCUACUUGGGUAUGGGUCUUAUGACAGCAAGGAAAGAGAUUCUGACACAUGGAAUGAACCUGGAUAAUGUAAACCCGAAAGAUGCAAUUGAAGUACGAUCUGAAUGUGUAAAUCCUAUAGUUUCGACGGAAUGGAAUUAUGGCGGAUUUAAUUAUCUCGUUAAAGGACCCGUGAAUGGAACUCAUAAACUAGUCAAAACACAAAAUUUUGCUGGUGGAGAAGUGGACAGGCCAAUUGUCAAUUUUUCAGAAUGUUUAAAAAUUAUUGAAAAGUAUGUUGGCAGAAUCAAAAAUAAACCAGAAGGUUUAAAAGAUCACGAGAUCUAUGCAUUUUCUUAUUAUUUCGAUCGUGCUACAGAAGUUGGUUUAGUUGAUCCCUUUUUCGGUGGAGUUAUUCAAGCAAGCGCAUUUCUAAAACAAGCAAUGGAUGCCUGCGAUUACCCAAAUACUGAUCAACCUUUCAUUUGCCUCGAUUUAACAUUUAUUUAUAUUCUUCUUCGCGAUGGGUUUGGUUUAGAACCUACUACAAAACUUUAUCUUUAUAAAAAGAUUAAUGGACAUGAAUUAAGUUGGGCUCUCGGCGCUGCCUUCAACAUAAUCCAAAACGGUCUUUAACACAUCUGAAAUAUAGGAAAAAGAAUUACAAAUAUUUUUACACAAAAUUCAGAAAAUUUUUUGAAUUUACAAUUUACCUAAAUAUUUAAUCUAGAUAAAAAAAUGUCAAUCUAUUCUCACGUUUUUUUAUUUUUAUUGUAAUAUGCUCAGUUACUCGAGUUUACAUUCUUAUUAAUGUAUUUAUACUAGUUGUUAUAUGAUGCUUUGUUAUUUAUUUGGACAUUCUAUUUUGAGCAAUUGCAGUAUUAAAUAAAAUUAACGUGCGAAUUAAAAUAAAUCAUUCUUAAGAUUUUAUAUCUUAAUAAUUUCUAGAAAAUGAAGUGACUUAAUGUAUAUAUAAAUUAUUGCAAUUAAUUGUCGUUUCUGUGACACGUCGCAAUUUUAUAUAUAUUAUUCAAGAAUGUGUAUUCUUAAGCAAGAGAUAUAUUUAUAUUUUCUUAAAAAUUUCUGAUAUAAAUAAUUAAUGCGUAUUGUGAAUUUUAAAUCAUGUUUUUCUUUAACUUUUUUCUAGCACAAUUUUUUACAGUAACACAUUAGAUUAUAUUACUUUUUAAACUAUUCAAAUUAUAUUUUAUUCUUUGAAACAAACUUGUUUUGAACAGUGUUUAAGCAAUUUUCAAUAGUUUUAUGAUAUAUUGAAAAUAUUUAUACAAAAACUUAAUCUUUUUAAUUAAUAGUACUUUGUGUCAUUUGGUCACUACAUAAAGUUUGUUCAUUGUUUUUU